AUGUUGCGGCUGUUUCUGGCCUGGCUGCUGAGAUGCUGGCCCUCCCCCAGCAUGGCUGCUGAAGAAAUCCUCUAUUUGUUGGGUCUCUCGGAGUUGGUGCUGCUCCUCCAUGAUGCCCAUCCUGCACAGCAGCCGCAGCUCCGAGUCCAUGUCCCAUGGCCCUGCUGGAGGCACGGGAAGGGCCAGAGGAGCCUUCAGCAGGAGGAGCCCUCACAGCCUUGGGGCGAGCACGAGGAUGGCCAUGAGUGGAGGGCCCGGGGCUGCCAGAACAGGAGACAGCCCAGGGCAGGAGGCAGAGCUGGAGAAGCAGAGCUUGGAUGUGGCCCUGGAGGGAUCCAAAAGGUCAUGGUCAACCAGUGCCUCUUGGUGCCCCUGAACCUGGAGAUUGACCCCAAUGUGCAGCAGGUGCAGCAGGAGGACAAGGACCAAAUUAAAUCCUUCAACAACUAAUUUGCCUCCUUCAUCAACAAGGUGAGGCACAUUCUAAACAAAAAAAAAGUUCUGGAGACCAAAUGGAGCCUCUUGAAAGGCCAGAAAAUUGUGCAGAAUAACCUGGAGCCCAUGUUUGAGUUGUACAUCAGCAACACGAGGUGGCAACUGGAGGCUCUAGGACAGGAGAGGCUGCAGCUCAGCUCUGAGCUCAAGGCCAUGCAGGAUGUGGUGGAGGACUUCAAGGUCAGGUACCAGCAGGAGAUCAACAAAUGCACGACCGCAGAGAACAACUUUGUCAUGUUCAAUAAGGAUGUGGAUGCUGCCUGUGUGAACAAGGUGGAUCAGGGGACCAAGGUGGAUUCCCUGGCAGAUGAGAUAAACUUCCUGUGAGCCCUCUACGAAGCACAGCUGUGCUGGAUGCAGACCCACAUCUCUGACACCUCAGUGGUGCUGUCCAUGGACAACAGCCAGAGCCUGGACCUGGAGAGCAUCAUCACCAAAGUCAAGGAACACUGUGAGGACACUGCCAACCAGAGCCGCGCUGAGGCCAAGUCCUGGUACCAGAGCAAGGUGGCCAAGCUGCAGAUGGCCAUCGCUGACAUGGAGCAGCAUGGGGACAUCGCCCUCAAGGACACCAGGGCCAGGCUGGAAAAACUUGAGACAGCCCUGCAGAAAGCCAAGGCUGACCUGGCCCGGCAGCUCUGGAAAUACCAGGAGCUCAUGAACAUCAAGCUGGCCCUGGACAUCGAGAUCAUGACUUACAGGAAGAGCUGUCUGGAGAAGGUGUUGGUGCUGUGA